CUCCCGGCCGGCUCCCCCGCCCUCGGAGCGCAGCGCCGCCGCCAUGGCUUCCGGGGCCAGCGUGAGCGCCCUGCAGCGCCUGGUGGAGCAGCUCAAGCUGGAGGCCGGCGUGGAGCGGAUCAAGGUCUCUCAGGCAGCUGCAGAGCUGCAGCAGUACUGCAUGCAGAAUGCCUGCAAGGAUGCCCUGCUGGUUGGUGUUCCAGCCGGAAGCAACCCCUUCCGGGAGCCCAGAUCCUGUGCUUUACUCUGAAGACCAGGAAGAAGUUCGCUGAGGAAUGCUUUCAAGUGCAAAGUGAUGAAUAACUGCCUCCAGAUCUCAAGAAAACACUUCUCUCUAGCCAAAUGACUGAGAUAUUUCAGCCCUUUCCUGUGACCUGGUCCUAUAGCCAAAAUUCUACAGAAAUUGAUGAAUUUCCACUCAAAUAAGGAAACUGGGUGAAGUAGUAGACUUUAAAUAAUAAUGGCCUGGUUCUUUUGGUGAAGUACUUUAUACUUAAACUAAAACAUUACCACCAAAUAUACCCAACACACCUCUUUCAUAAGUGAA